UUGGGGGAGAACUGGAAAGCCGAGGGUAGCCGAGCGGGGCGGGCGCUCUGGAGCGGCGGGUGCUCGGGCUGCCGUCCGCUCCGCCAGAAGCAGCGAGCAGCCGAGCCGGGGCCCGCCGCCCUCCUCCUCCAUGAGGCCCGAGUGAGGCGCGGCGGCUAUAGCCGACCCGCGGCGCCUUCCCCCCGCGUCCUAUCGCGAGCGCAGCGGCAGCGGCCCCUGGAGGAGGAGGCGGAGGAGGAGGAGCAUGUCGGACGGUUUCGAUCGGGCCCCAGGUGCUGGUCGGGGCCGGAGCCGGGGCCUGGGCCGCGGAGGGGGCGGGCCUGAGGGCGGCGGUUUCCCGAACGGAGCGGGGCCUGCUGAGCGGGCGCGGCACCAGCCGCCGCAACCCAAAGCCCCGGGCUUCCUGCAGCCACCGCCGCUGCGCCAGCCCAGGACGACCCCGCCGCCAGGGGCCCAGUGCGAGGUCCCCGCCAGCCCCCAGCGGCCUUCCCGGCCCGGGGCGCUCCCAGAGCAAACGAGGCCCCUGAGAGCUCCACCUAGUUCACAGGAUAAAAUCCCACAGCAGAACUCGGAGUCAGCAAUGGCUAAGCCCCAGGUGGUUGUAGCUCCUGUAUUAAUGUCUAAGCUGUCUGUGAAUGCCCCUGAAUUUUACCCUUCAGGUUAUUCUUCCAGUUACACAGAAUCCUAUGAGGAUGGUUGUGAGGAUUAUCCUACUCUAUCAGAAUAUGUUCAGGAUUUUUUGAAUCAUCUUACAGAGCAGCCUGGCAGUUUUGAAACUGAAAUUGAACAGUUUGCAGAGACCCUGAAUGGUUGCGUUACAACAGAUGAUGCUUUGCAAGAACUUGUGGAACUCAUCUAUCAACAGGCCACGUCUAUCCCAAAUUUCUCUUAUAUGGGAGCUCGCCUGUGUAAUUACCUGUCCCAUCAUCUGACAAUUAGCCCACAGAGUGGCAACUUCCGCCAAUUGCUACUUCAAAGAUGUCGGACUGAAUAUGAAGUUAAAGAUCAAGCUGCAAAAGGGGAUGAAGUUACUCGAAAACGAUUUCAUGCAUUUGUACUCUUUCUGGGAGAACUUUAUCUUAACCUGGAGAUCAAGGGAACAAAUGGACAGGUUACAAGAGCAGAUAUUCUUCAGGUUGGUCUUCGAGAAUUGCUGAAUGCCCUGUUUUCUAAUCCUAUGGAUGACAAUUUAAUUUGUGCAGUAAAAUUGUUAAAGUUGACAGGAUCCGUUUUGGAAGAUGCUUGGAAGGAAAAAGGAAAGAUGGAUAUGGAAGAAAUUAUUCAGAGAAUUGAAAACGUUGUCCUAGAUGCAAACUGCAGUAGAGAUGUAAAACAGAUGCUCUUGAAGCUUGUAGAACUCCGGUCAAGUAACUGGGGUAGAGUCCAUGCAACUUCAACAUAUAGAGAAGCAACACCAGAAAAUGAUCCCAACUACUUUAUGAAUGAACCAACAUUUUAUACAUCUGAUGGUGUUCCUUUCACUGCAGCUGAUCCAGAUUACCAAGAGAAAUACCAAGAAUUACUUGAAAGAGAGGACUUUUUUCCAGAUUAUGAAGAAAAUGGAACAGAUUUAUCCGGGGCUGGUGAUCCAUACUUGGAUGAUAUUGAUGAUGAGAUGGACCCAGAGAUAGAAGAAGCUUAUGAAAAGUUUUGUUUGGAAUCAGAGCGUAAGCGAAAACAGUAAAGUUAAAUUUCAGCGUAUCAGUUUUAUAAAGCAGUUUAGGUAUGGUGAUUUAGCAGAACACAGGAGAGCAAGAAAAUGUGUCACAUCUAUACCAAAUUAAGGAUGUUGAGUUAUGUUACUAAUGUAUGCAACUUUAAUUUUGUUUAACACUAUCUGCCAAAAUAAACUUUAUUCCCUAUAACUUAAAAUGUGUAUAUAUAUAUAAUAGUUUAUUAUGUACAGUUAAUUCUACUGUUUUGGCUGCAAUAAAAUCGAUUUUGAAAUAAAUGAAAUGUUGAAAAUUUU